AUGUCAGCAAUACCUAAUCUGCCAGAGCAUCAUGUCAACGGAGGUGCAAACUCACAUGGCAUUAAAGCUGAGACACCAUGGACCAUCCACGACACACCCAUCGAGAAUCAAAGGUCGAUCAAGGUCAUAGUGAUUGGCGCUGGCUUUUCUGGUAUCUACUGUGGCAUUCGAAUUCCUGAGCGCAUCCGGAACUGCGAGCUUGUCAUCUAUGAGAAGAAUGCCGGUGUUGGUGGCGCUUGGUGGGAGAAUCGAUAUCCAGGCGCAGCUUGCGACGUCCCGUCUCAUUCGUACCAAUUCUCUUUCAAUCCAAGCCCUGAGUGGUCUGCGCUCUAUGCUCCGUCACGGGAGAUUCGAGAAUAUCUGCGAAGUACAGCAGAGAAAUAUGGCGCAGAUCGAUUUAUCAAGCUGCAGCAUACUGUGACCGAUUGCACUUGGAACCAAGACGAAGGAAAGUGGCAUGUGCAUGUCCGCAGGCCUGAUGGCAGCAUCUUUGAAGACACCUGCAACGUCCUCGUCAACGCGCGAGGUCUUCUGAAUGACAAGCAAUGGCCCGAUAUCGAUGGACUGAAGACAUUCCGAGGAGAAAUCAUGCACUCGGCAGCGUGGAACGAGAAGUACGACUUUACCAACAAGCGCAUUGGCGUUAUCGGAGGAGGCUCUUCAGCCAUUCAGAUCGUACCAAACCUUCAAAAACUGCCCGGAGUCCAACUAAGCUGCUUCCUUCGCGGCCGCUUUUGGAUCUCACCAGCCUUCGGCCAGACAGUCUUCGAUCAAGUCGGACUUGGAAACAGCACACAUUUCACACCCGAACAAAUCCAAAAAUUCAAAACCGAUCCGCAAGCCUGGCAAGAUUUCCGCAUUCUCGUCGAAGCAGACUCCAACGCCAUCCACGCCAGCACCCUCAAAGGAACAAACAUGCAAAUCGCAGGCCAAAAGUACUUCGAAAAAAUCAUGCAAGAACGGCUCGCCGCAAAACCACAGUAUUUCGACUGGCUCAAACCGUCCUUUGCACCGGGCUGUAAACGCUUAACCCCAGGGCCAGGGUUUCUCGAAGCUCUCGUUCAAGAUAACGUUACAUAUGUCCGAGACAAAAUCUCAAACAUCGAACCCACGGGCGUGGUGACGGAAGAUGGGAACAGUCACGAAUUAGACGUGCUCGUCUGCGCCACGGGAUUCUACGCAUCAGCCGCUCCACCUUUCGAAAUCCGUGGUUUGCACGGAAAGAAAUUGAAAGACCACUGGUGCUCACGCGCAACGAAUUACCUCUCCCUCGCCACAGAUUCCUUCCCGAACCACUUCCUCAUGCUAGGACCGAACGGAGCAAUCGGCGAAGGUUCUUUGACGAUGAUGAUCGAAAGUACGGGCGACUACAUCAUCAAAGCGAUUCGCAAAAUCCAGAAAGAGAACAUCAAAAGUAUGAGUGUGAAGGUAGCACGGGUCAGAGAUUUUUUGGAGUACUGUGAUUCGUAUUUUGAGAGGACGGUUUUUAUGGAUGAGUGUAAGAGUUGGUAUCGGAAAGAUGGGAGAGGGGUUCCAGGGGACAAAGUUACGGGGUUGUGGCCUGGAUCUACUUUGCAUUGUCUUGAGGCGUUGAGGAGUCCGAGGUGGGAGGACUUCGAGUAUGAGUAUGAAGCUGAGGAUGGGAGGGAAGGGAGAGAGGUGAAUCAACUCGGCUGGUUAGGGAAUGGUUGGGCGAUGAAUCAGGUUGGUGAUGGGGGUGCGAGAGGUGGUGAUGCAAGCGAACAUGGAAAUCGACCUAGUAAUGAGGUUUUGGCAUUUUAUCUUUUGCCGGAAUUUCAGGAACGGGAUUUUGGGGUUCCUGCUUUUCCUCGACCGGAGGAGAAUGAGCAUUUUAGAAUUAGACCUUGGUCGUAUUGA